UUUUCUAUUUUGGAGUUGGCCCAAUCCCAAAAAUAUUUGUGUCAAAUCUUCUCUUUUUAUUUGUUUCUCUGCUGGGCGGAGAAGAAGAAGGAAAAAAAAUUCAUAAGAACACAAAGCGAAUUCUCCAGGACAGGAGAGGAGAUAAAAAUCGUUAAUUAGGCUCAUCAUCACAAUUCCAAGGCGAGAGAGAGAGUCUUUUGUUUUGAUUUCACAACGCUUCUACUACUAUGUCGUCGGAGGUGAAACAGCUGAUCGUCGUUGCUGAAGGUACCGCCGCGUUGGGUCCUUAUUGGCAAACCAUCGUCUCCGACUAUCUCCACAAAAUCAUCAGGUCUUUUUGUGGCAGUGAGUUAAAUGGAGAGAGGAAUCCUGCUUCUACUGUUGAGCUAUCACUGGUGAUCUUCAAUUCUCAUGGCUCAUACUGCGCUUGCUUGGUACAACGGAGUGGCUGGACAAGAGAUGUUGAUAUUUUCUUGCAUUGGCUUUCGUCCAUACAAUUUGGUGGUGGUGGUUUCAGUGAGGUUGCUACAGCCGAAGGGCUCGCCGAAGCAUUGAUGAUGUUUCCUCCUCCUUCCGGCCAAGCUCAACCAAGUAAUGAUCUUAAAAGGCACUGUAUCCUAAUCACAGCCAGCAACCCUCACACAUUGCCGACACCUGUAUAUCGUCCACGAGUGCAAAAUGUGGAACGGAAUGACAAUGGUGAUGCACAAUCUGAAAGUCGUUUAUCAGAUGCUGAGACAGUUGCUUCAUAUUUUGCUAAGUGUUCUGUUUCUUUGUCUGUUGUGUGUCCAAAGCAGCUUCCCAAGAUUAGAGCACUAUACAAUGCGGGAAAGCUCAAUCCACAAAGUGCGGACUUGUCAAUGGAUACGGUUAAGAACCCAUUCUAUCUUGUCCUGAUCUCAGAGAAUUUUGUGGAGGCACGUGCUGCCUUAAGUCAUUCUGCUACAAAUUUGCCACAGACCCAGAGUCCUGUAAAAGUGGACAGGGCCACUGUUGCUCCAUCUCUUCCAGUCACUGGCCAACCUCCAGCUCCUGUGACAUCAGCCAAUGGACCUAUUUUGAAUCGGCAACCAGUUUCUGUUGGACCAGUUCCAACUGCUACUGUGAAAGUUGAGCCUAGCACUGUAACUUCUAUGGCACCAGUUCCAAGUUUUCCCCAUAUCCCGUCUGUUGCUCGGCCUGCCACACAAGCAACUCCUUCAAUUCAAACAUCUUCAGCAUCACCAGUUUCCCAAGAUAUGGUCACCAACGCCGAGAAUGCACCAGAUAUUAAGCCUGUGGUGGUGAGUGGAAUGACGCCACCAUUGCGUGCUGGUCCUUCUGGUGGAGCCAAUGUAAAUCUGCUUAAUAAUCUUUCUCAAGUGCGACAAGUCAUGAGCUCUGCAGCUCUGGCAGGUGCAGCCUCCUCGGUUGGGCAAAGUGCGGUUGCAAUGCAUAUGUCAAAUAUGAUAUCAACAGGAAUGGCUACAUCUUUGCCUCCUUCACAAACUGUGUUUUCAUCUGGACAGCAGGGAAUUGCUUCAAUGGCUAGUUCGGGUGCACUAAUGGGAUCUGCACAAACAGGACAAAGCCCGGGUACUAAUAAUGCCUUUAGUCCUCAAACAACGUCAAACGUUACUUCAAACCUUGGUGUUUCACAACCGAUGCAAGGGAUGAGCCAAGGAAGUCAUUCUGGACCACAAAUGAUGCAAGGUGGAAUUUCCAUGAACCAGAACAUGAUGAGUGGUCUCGGUCAAGGAAAUGUCUCGUCUGGAACAGGGGGAAUGAUGCCUACUCCAGGAGUUGCCCAACAAACGCAAUCAGCAAUACAACAACUUGGUGGCAAUAACAGUUCAGCUUCUAAUAUGCAGUUGUCGCAGCCAUCGUCUGGGGCUCUGCAGACUUCACAAUCCAAAUAUGUAAAAGUCUGGGAGGGAAAUUUAUCUGGUCAAAGACAAGGGCAGCCUGUUCUUAUCACCAGACUUGAGGGUUAUCGAAGUGCUUCUGCCUCUGAUACGUUGGCAGCAAAUUGGCCACCAACGAUGCAAAUUGUUCGUCUCAUAUCCCAGGAUCAUAUGAAUAACAAGUUGACUCUUGAGUUUUGUUUUGUAUUUUGUGUUGGUUUCGCCCAGGAUAUGGUUGUGUUUAAACCACAAAUUCCAAAUCAGCAGCAGCAGCAGCAACAACAACAGCUCCAACAACAACAGCAGAUCCACCAGCAGCAGCAGCAGCAACAACAACAACACCACCAACAGCAACAGAUGCCACAACUCCAGCAACAACAACAACAGCACCAGCAGCAACAGAUGCCACAACUCCAGCAGCAGCAGCAGCAGCAUCAAUUGUCGCAGCUCCAACAUCAUCAGCAGCAGCAGCAACAACAACAACAGCAGCAACAGCAGCAGCAUCAGUUGACACAGCUUCAACACCAUCAUCAGCAGCAACAGCAGCAGACAUCUCCCCUGAACCAGAUGCAGCAACAGACUUCGCCACUGAAUCAGAUGCAGCAGCAGCAGCAGCCUCAACAGAUGGUAAUGGGUAGUCAAGCUUUUGCUCAACCCCCAGGUAGAUCACAACAAAGUGGUUCAGGGCAGCCUAACAUGCCAGGAGCUGGCUUCAUGGGAUAAAUAAAAUGAUUCAUCAUCUUCAGUGCUAAUUAGAUUCAUCAUAACUACAAUGAUUUCUUUCUUCUUUGGUCAACUAGAUUUUAAACUGUUAAGUUGUCCUCUCUCUCU